AUGAACAGAAAGCAGCACCAGGGUAAAAAUAACAAAUUCAGUGAGAGCAGCUCACGUAAACCUGCCAAUUCACCUGAUAGAAGUGAACCUACAAGUACCCAUCUACCAUUUCAGUCUGAGUAUGCUCUUCACCCCAGAAAAGUGCUAGAUUUAUUCUUAGAGAGUUUCAGAUUCAUCCUAGCCUCUGACGAUCUUCAGCAAAUGAUUCAGUCAGUGAAAAGUGACCUCUACAAUCGUGACUACCUCCUGGCAUUUGACAGUGAUGAUAAGAGAUUUGCGUAUGUAGCGAGAUGGUCUCCAGCUAGGGCUUUGGCGUACGCUUCGCUCUUUUCCUCUAUAAGCCCUUUGAGACAGCUUCUAGCGGACCCAAACAAGAAAAGCCGUGCAUUGUUGAUUGGUGGGGGUGCCUCCUCCGAAUUGGUUGCUUUGGGUUCCUCGUUUGCUUGUCUUAAGCAGCCCAACGGAGACACUCCUUCUCAAUUGCAUCUUGAUGUCAUUGAUAUUGCCAACUGGUCCACGAUAGUUGGCAAUCUUACUCAGUCAAUCAGCCAAAAAUGGUUCUACGAUCCACUGAAGUUCACAAGUAGCUUCUUUCAUGGCGAUAUUCUCUCAGAAAGUGCAGAGUCACUUCAGCUUUCUCAGAUGGACUUGAUCACUAUUCUUUUCACGACAAACGAACUAUUCUGCGAAAAAAAAUCAGAAACCAUAAAGUUUCUUCAAAUGAUGAGCGCUCAUUGUCGUAAGGGCGCUCUUCUAUUGAUGGCUGAGAGCGCUGGUUCGUAUUCCCACAUAACAGUAGGCUCAAAGAAAUUCCCUGUGCAAUUCCUUAUCGACACCAUCCUAGCAGGAAAGCCAACCUCUGGUGAUGGAGCGUGGGAAAUAAUUGAGCAAGAAGAAAGCUGCUGGUACAGAAUCAAUGCAAAUGAAGUGGAUUACCCGAUCAAGUUGGAAAAUAUGAGGUUUUUCUACCGUUUGUAUAGAAAGAAAUAG